CCCCUCUCCUCCUCCUCCUCCUCGCUCGCCUUCCAUGGCAUCAGCCAGUCCUGGAUGCUUCGGUUUCGACGGUUUAUAUAGUUUGGUUGUGACUUGUACCCCACAGCUUUCGGGUAGAAUUUUGUAGCGCCAUCUUAGUUUGUGUCCUGAACUUUCCUAUUAUGCAUGCACAAACAACUCUUUCACCGCCAAGAAUUGGGUGUUCCGUGGUGGUUCUCCUGAACGAGGGCUUAUAGUUCGUCCUCGUAUCGUUUUCCGGAUGCGCGAGCGGUGAUCUGGGCCUGAAAUUUCACGCCCUGCGAUUACUCCUCCUUGGAUCAGCCCCGUUUCUCGCGCGAGCUGUUCCAUAUCUUGGCGUGUAGAGAGAUCCAAAACCGCUGAACAGUUGCUGAUGAAACGUGAGAAAUGUCUCUCGGUCACAAUCUGUCGCCGCGAUAGUCUUCAUCUCAUAAAUGGUUAGGUGCACAAAGCUAGAGAUGGUGCUAGGCUAACUGAUUGGAAUACGACUCCCAACAUAUCUGAAUUUUUUUUUUAAAUAAAAGAAAGAAAGAAAGAAAAGAAAAUAGCAGAGCAAAUUGAGGGUCGUAUGACUGAAGAUCGAAACACACGCACCAUAAUAAUUCAAAACCAACUCCCGGCCUGAAUUUUCUCCUCCACUUGGGAGACUUUAGGCUGCAGACAUGAGGCGCCAUCAGCCUGGCAGACCUCCGCUGUCAGCCUGCCUUGAGAAGCUUUGCAGAUUGUCAAACCUCAAGUACCAACCAGCCAACCAACCACUGCACUAGCGUGUCCCUUAAUCUGUACAAGUGGCGAUGAACAAGCACGUACACCCGUUCAGCACAGCUGACAAGUCCAUGAACACCGAGUCAACGGCGUACGAGUUCCUCGAGUUUGAAUCCGUUUCAUCCGGUCGGUGUAGCUUCGUGUCAACUUCACUUAUUGAUGCCCAUCCAUGUUCUGCCCGUUGCAACGACUGGUCUUACAUCUCUGACUGCUGGUGGCUCUAGAACAAGAACCGGGAACUGACAAUAGCAUUGCUCACUGGCAGCUGUUAUUAGUGUAUAGCUUGUUCACAAUUUCGAGAUAAAAGAUCCAAUUUCGAAUAGCGUUGGAAUUGUUCUGCAAGUGUUUUCCUGAUGAUGCCUGUGCCUGUGUGUGGGACUGGGACAUGGGAAUGCAGCAGCAGAAGAACGCGCACGUGCCCAAGUUCGGCAACUGGGACAGCGACGGCAACGUGCCGUACACGCUCUUCUUCGAGAACGCGCGCAAGGGCAAGGGAGCCGGAGCCGCCGGCGGCAGGAUGAUCAACCCCAACGACCCCGCCGAGAACCCGGAGGCCUUCUCCGUGGCCGCGCCGUCGCCGCCGCCGGGCCGCCACGAGCGCCGCCCCAGCGACGCGCCGCCGCCGCCGAUGUCGCCCAACCCCUACUACGCCGCCGGGUCGCCGUACCACCGCCACGCCGCCGGCGAGCCGCCAAGGAGGGCCGCCGGGUACAGCGUCGACCAGUCGCCGGCGCACCCCUACAGCUCCGAGAGCGCCGGGUACGGCCUCGUCGCCAGCUCCGUCGACCGCUCCCGCGCCAAGGGCGCCUCGCGCGGCAACGAGACGCCGACGAGGGGCUCGGCGGUGCCCAAGUUCGGCGACUGGGACGCCAACCCGGCGUCGGCGGACGGCUACACGCACAUCUUCAACAAGGUGAGGGAGGAGAAGCAGACGACCCAGGCGGGGAAGCCAGCGGCGUACGGCAAGGACGGCAUGCGUACCAACGGCCCCAAGCAGCACGACGACGACGGCUACGUCUCAUCGAAAUUCUCGUGCUUUGGGUGGUGCAAGUAGAGAGCGAUUGCCUGAUGAAUGGUGACGAUGGAUGGAUGGAUGCAGACGCUGGUUCCUCUGGGUCUGGGGAUGUAAGUCUGGAGAACGAGGGGCAUGAAACGAUCUCCAUGAUCUUUCCUGUGGUAGAUUUUCACUUCAAUUUAUGAAGUGAGACAUAGAGUUGCUGUCAUGUUAGAAGUAAGCAUUCCAUUGUUGCGUUGGUUCUUCCGUAUUGAAUUGAAUUUACAGUACAUGUAUCAUGUAUGUACGAUUGUACGCAGGAUUGGACUCUGAACUCCGAGGUGAAUAUAUGUGUGUUUGUUUGGUGUCCA